GGCGGGGCUUGGUGGGUCGCUUCGCAGAGGAACAACGGCGGCGGUCCAGUCAUUUCCUGGUCUCAAUCGGGCGCACUGCGAGUUCGGUACACGAUGCGGGAACUGGCUGAGCAGGUCAAACUCAUCGUGGAGCACCUGCUGGAGGAGGACUUCCUGGAGACGGACAGUGGCGACCCAGGGGAUGAAGAGGUUCUCAAGGUAGCUCAGUGCCUGCGGAGGCUUGGAGAUGAAUACAAUCACUUCAUUCAGCCACAUGUGAAAAAUCUUAAGCCCAAGUUGCAUGAGCUGGCAAAGGAUCAGGCUUCUGAAGUGUUUUCGGGGAUCGUGACUGGGCUAUGCAACACCCCUGAAAUGCAGGCACAUACUCAACAGUUGGGUCCUGAGAUAAAUCUCCUUGGAAUUGCUAUCGUUGUGGGAAUGAACAUUUCUAAGGAAGUGCCUGAAUUGCUUCCAACAGUCAAAGUUGCAUUGACAAACUUUAUCAAUACAAAGCUGCUGCCAUGGAUUCAACGUUCAGGAGGAUGGGAGAAGAUCUUAUGACCUGUAGUUGCACAUUCUUGGAGGCUGAAAGAAGAGUCAAGAUUGAAGUUCGUGCGUUUAAAAACACAUUCCAAAUACAAUUUGAUGUGGGCUGCAGUACAUUCCAAAUCGUUGAGUGCCAUUUCCCCUUCCAAUACAUCAGAGUAACAUGAUUGCCAAUCCUCGUACACUGAUAGGGAAUAGGUAGACCCAUGAGGAUUGAGACUAUUUUGUCCACUCGCAGCAGUGGUGGCUUCCUUUCCCUAUAUGGAGCAAUGUUUUCAUGCUGUACGCAAGAGCUGGAGUGAAAAACAAAUUAAGAUGAAUGCCAAAUUGUAAUUACAGGUGGUAGGAAAAUUCAUAACUUGUCUUAGCUUCUAUUCACAUGGACCUAUGGAUCAGAUCAAAAUAAUGUUUGAACCAGUUGACUGACUAAUAUAAAGAAUGAGCUUUCAAUUUGUUUUCAAAUUCUUAAAUGCAGUUUUAAAAAAUAUUUUAGGCUAUAAGUGUUAGUUCCCAGGCUUGGACAUAAGAUAAUUGGAAAAUUCCACAAUUUAAAAAAAAUUUAAAAAUCAGCAUCUGAAUCAAACUUUUUGAAUAUCACAAAGGACUAGCCACCAUGACCCCAAAUCAAUGAUGGUAUUAAAUUCACAUAGUUUCUCAAGCUAAUUAAUAAAAAAAAACAAUGCUGUAGAUGCUGGGAAUAACCAACAAUUUGGGUGAUUUCAAUGGAACGAGAAACCUGUAACAGUUUGGAUUUAUAAAUGUUGAACAGCAAUUCUAAUAUUGGAUCAUUGUCCUGAACCUUUGCUGUUUCUGUCCCCACAGAUGCUGUCUGAACAGUUGACUAAUCAUUACUAAAUUGAACCUGCCAGAAUAACAGGAUUAGUUUUUCUAAAACCAUCUAAAUAGCCUCAUUUUCUGAUACAGCAAUGCACUUGAUUAGUUCAUUAUCGGCUUGUCUAAACUGGGAACAACAUUGACUUCUAACUAAUUGCAAACUCAUCACUGAUAUUCAUCCAGAGCACCAAUAUGCCAUGUUGCCUGGUCCGUGCAAACUAUUGUACUAAAGCUCUCCAAUCAUUUUUCUAUAGCCUAUGAGUUUAAAAAUUGCACCUAGUGCCUUUGUUUCUACACACAAACGUUAAAGUUUGUCUUUCACCCUACCUCUCAGUAAUAUUUAAUUACUGUAAAUCCAGUAUCCUGUUGCUAUGUCAGCCAACUGCAUUUUUGAUGAGAAUUUACAAAGACCUCGCAAGGAAAUCUUUCAGAUUUUUUUUUACAAGAACUAUAUAAAUUGUAUCUUGCGUUUUAAUGUCAGAUCUGACAUUGUGCACUUGCAUAUUUAUAGAACAUUAAAGAAACUACAAUUUGAUGCAAGAUCAGCUUGUUAUGUGCACUCUUUAGUCUUUUUGAUGUUCUUGUCACAAUUCACAAGCAUUGUGCUUGUUUUGUAGGGUACAAAUUGGAAGGUAUUUGUUGAAAAUAGUAUUCUACUGUGCAAUGUUACUGAGCAUUUUACACAUAUUGCAGGAUAACUGUUUACUUUAACAUAAUACAAUCAUGCUUUAAACCAUUUGUACAGACCAUGAUUAAGAAUGUAUUACUGUAAAUUUUAUUGUGCAUUAUCAUUAUUAGACUGAAAACUGUUGGCUUUAAUAAAAUGUAGCUGGAUUGUG